AUGAACAACUUCCAUAAGCAAGAGACUUUGAUGAAAUUAAAAAAAACCGUUGACAGCGGUCUGUUUAUAAUGCGCAGAACUGUGGAAAUGACGUUUACCGCAACCCGUUCUGUAAGUUGUGCCGAAAGAGAAACGGCGCUUUUAAGGUGGGUCAAUUUCGUUCUGAAGCCACGCUUGUUCGACUGUAACGAUGACGACUCACGGACACCCAGCGCCAGUGAACUGUUAUCUGAAAUGACAACAGCCGAAGAUGCAUCCUCGUCGACGGAAGCACAACGUCGCUUCUCGUCAAUCCUCUGGAUUACUGAAAGCACCUUAAACACCGUUAGGGCGAAGGCCUUCCGGCUAGCCGCAAAACUUCAGCCGAUGUUCGCAAAAAUUUGGGGUCUCAUUGACAGCGAAAAGUUGGUCAUCCGCAGGGAUGUAAAAAUUCAAUCAGACGUGGGUACGUCGCUCAGAAAGGAAAUUUAUUACUAUUAAUG